AUGGCAAACUCCUUUGCACUGAAGACAUUCACUGCACUUUCAGAUCUGCACCCAAAUAUGGUUAAUCUGAAAAUAAUCGGUAUAGUUAUUGGAAAAACAGAUGUCAAAGGUUUUCCAGACAGAAAAAAUAUUGGAUCAGAAAGAUACACAUUCAGUUUCACCAUUCGUGACUCACCAAACCAUUUUAUAAAUGUAUCUUCCUGGGGCAGUGAAGACUACAUCAAGUCAUUGUCUUAUAGCUUUAGGAUUGGUGAAUGUGUGACAAUCGAAAAUCCCCUGAUCCAAAGAAAGGAAACAGAAAGAGAAGAAAAGUUCAGCCCUGCAACUCCUAGCAAAUAUAAAUUAUUGCUCAGUGAGAAUCACUCAAUGGUGAAAGUUUAUUCCAGUUAUGAAGUGGAUACCAAGUUACUUUCUCUGAUACACUUACCUGUUAAAGAGUCUCGAGAUUAUUACUCAUUGACGGACAUUAUUGCAAAUGGACACAGUCUUGAUGGGAGGACCAUUAACGUGCUUGCAGCUGUGAAAUCGGUUGCAGAGCCAAAAUACUUUACAACUUCAGACAGAAGAAAAGGCCAGAGAUGUGAAGUUAAACUCUUUGAUGAAACAGAGCCUUAUUUUGUAAUGACAUGUUGGGAUAAUGAAUCCAUUCUACUUGCACAGAGCUGGGUGCCACGAGAAACAGUGAUAUUUGCUUCAGAUGUACGAAUAAGUUUUAACAAAUUUCAGAACUGCAUGACAGCCACGGUGAUCUCAAAAACAAUUAUCACAACUAAUCCAGAUACUCCAGAAGCUAAUAUUCUACUGAAUUUUAUAAGAGAAAAUAAGGAAACAAAUGUGCUGGCUGAUGAACUUGACAGUUAUUUAAAAGAAUCCAUAAACUUGAAUACUAUAGUUGAUGUCUAUACAGUGAAACAAUUAAAGACAAACGUGAAGACUGAAGGAAACGCUGACCCUUUCUAUGGCAUUCUUUAUGCUUACAUUUCUACACUGAACAUUGAUGAUGAAACUACGAAAGUAGUGAGAAAUAGAUGCUCCAGCUGUGGUUAUCUUGUAAAUGAAGCCUCCAACACUUGUACAAUUUGCAACAAAGAUUCUUCUGGACUUAAAUCUGUUUUUCUCAGCUUUGAUAUGCUGAUUGAUCUUACCGACCAUACAGGAACACUCCAUUCUUGCAGUCUUACGGGAAGUGUUGCUGAAGAAACUUUGGGCUGCACGGUGAAUGAGUUUCUUGCAAUGACAAGUGAACAGAAAACAACACUGAAGUGGAAGUUCCUUUUGGAAAGAAGCAAACUUUAUUUAAAGCUUGUUUCCUCACACAGAGCAAGGGGUGGGCUGAAGGUUAGCAUACUCUCCUGUAAGCUCGCAGAUCCUGCUGAAGCAAGUAGGAAGUUACCUGGACAAGGGCACAUUUAA